GACAGUCUUUGACACACAGAUGUUGGAACAAGCCACGUAACUCCACUUGGGCGAUAGCAGACUAAAAAGACUACAUAUGGUAUACGUAUGGUGACACACUUGCACUCUGGAGUCUGGUUUGGAUGAAACAGUGAAAGCUACCUGUGUCUGUUUCAAAAUUUCCUGUCUGGAAAGAAUGGCUGAAGGAAUACCACGUGAGCUACUGAUGAAUACAGCCCUAAUAAAUGAACUGGUGGAAGUGGCAAAAGAUACAGCAGUUUUACAGGGUUUCCUUGUGAGGAUUAAAGAAUCCCCCAACUCAACAGAGGAGGUGACUCAUGCUCCCAUCACACUCUUCCCCACGCCUGUCCCUAAAGCUCUUUUCCUCCAAGCCAUAGCAGUGCAAACUCACUACAAUACACUGGUGGAUAAGAUAAGCCAGGAUCCAGAAUUCCUGCAAGAGGCUCUUGGCAGCACCAUUGCUGUGGAUGAUUUCACUGCAAGGUUGUUCAAGAUCCACCAGCAGGUCCUUAAACGAGGAAGGUUGCAGUCAAUUGUGUUGGGUCUGAAUAGAUCCGACUACAUGCUUGACCAAGAGGAUGGACCAUCAUCUCUGAAACAGAUCGAGAUCAACACUUUUGCUGCUGCUUCUGGAGGCCUUGCCUCACGAAUGCCUGAUGUACACCGACACAUCCUUAAGGUGGCUGGCCGGCUGGAGGAGAGCCAGCGCAUCAUUGACAACAACCCUGCAGUGGGUUUGGCCAAGGCUGUGGCCAAGGCCUGGGAGCUCUAUGGAUCAAAGCGAGCUGUUGUCAUGUUCUUGGUGGGCGAGAAUGAGAUUAAUACCCUAGAUCAACGGUUAAUUGAGAAUGAACUGUGGAAGGGGAAUAUUGCCAGCAUACGAAAGUAUUUUGAGGAUGUCUCUGAAUCCGGAAAACUCGAUGAGGACAAGAGACUGUUUAUUGAUUAUCAGGAGGUUGCAGUGAUCUACUUCAGGAAUGGCUACAGCCCUCAGAACUACAAGUCUGAAAAGGCCUGGGAGGCUCGCCUGAUGAUGGAAUGCUCUUUGGCUGUGAAGUGUCCAGAUAUUAGCACCCACCUGGCUGGAACUAAGAAGGUCCAGCAGGUGCUUGCUGAACCUGGUGUUCUCGAACGUUUCUUCCCUGACCAGCCGCAAGUAGUGGACCAAGUCAGGGCCACCUUUGCUGGCCUGUACACUCUCGACAUGGGAGAAGAAGGUGACAAAACGGUAGCAAUGGCUUUAGCUACACCGGAUCGAUUUGUCCUGAAGCCUCAGCGAGAGGGAGGAGGAAACAACAUUUACGGACAAGAUAUCUGUGAACUUCUUGGCAAAGUGAAGAACAGUGCCGAGAGAAUGGCCUAUAUUCUGAUGGAUAAGAUCCAGCCUGUGCCUACACAGAACUACCUGCUGAGAAGAGGCAAGCCCCACAAAAUAUGUAAUUGUAUAACUGAACUGGGCUUCUUUGGAGCCUACGUCAGGCAGGGUAAAGACAUGGUGAUGAACAAUUGUGUGGGCUAUCUUCUGAAGACCAAGAGUUCAGAACAUCCAGACGGUGGCGUAUUUGCAGGAGUGGCAGUCUUGGACACUGCGCUCCUCUUCUGAGAAGGUGCACCUGUACCUGGGCUUUUCAUAGUUCCUCGCCAUUAGUCACCCGUGUGCUCUCUUAGGGGUUUUCUGCUCUUCUAGUCAGCCACGCCCACCUAUUUAAGGCUCUGCUGAUGAUUCACUUGUUGCCGGAUUGUCACCAUUUAAAGACGAUACAGCUCUUUUCUGUAGAUUGAUUUUCUGUUGCUGACCCUGUCUGCCCUUGACCUUCCUGCUUCAUUGUUCGCCCAGGAAUCCCCUAUAUCUUCUGCCUCUGACUACGAGUUCUGCCUUAGCAUGUUUGUCUAUCCCUGUUGGCUGUUUGGUGUUUUGCUACAUCAACAACUAUGAGUUUCAGUGUCCUGCUAUCCAUGGAAUACAGAGUAUUUCAUGAUCUGGCGCCCAACCUCUUCCACAUUGUUUAAAGACUCUUUAUCUGGGUUUUGAAGUUUACUGCCCUUCAUAACACUUUCCAAUCUUUAAAGGUCUCUGAGAUCCUCCCGGAUGACCGAGCUUCUCACCCUAUCUCUAAGGGAGAGCCCAGACACCCUGCGGAGGAAACUCAUUUCGGCCGCUGGUAUCCGGGAUCUUGUUCUUUUGGUCACGACCCACAGCUCAUGACCAUAGGUGAGGGUAGGAACGUAGAUCGAACGGUAAAUUGAGAGCUUCGCCUUUCUGCUUAGCUCCUUCUUUACCACAACGGACCGAUACAAAGUCUGCAUCACUGCAGACG